AUGGCUACGCAAAUGCACGCGUUAAACCGUUCCGGAACACGCUUUGCGGCCAAUCUAUUAUUAAUUCAACAGAACCAUUCUAAAUACAUAUGUCGUUCGGUUAAUUCUUAUGUUCGUGAUUUUCAUUCCUCGUUAACUAGUCUAUAUGUGAAUGUUCAACAAGUAAAACAAGACUAUGGAAAAACCUUUGAUAAAAUUCUUAUCGCAAAUCGUGGUGAAAUCGCGGUUCGUGUCAUUCGCACAGCCAAAAAAAUGGGCAUUAAAACUGUUGCGAUCUAUUCGGAUGCAGACGCACGUAGUCUACAUGUUCGAUUAGCUGACGAAGCUGUUAAUGUGGGUCCUCCGCCUACAAAUCAAAGUUAUUUACAUAUGCCUGCCAUCUUGAGUGCCAUAAAAAAUACAGGCGCUCAAGCGGUUCAUCCAGGAUAUGGUUUUCUCUCUGAAAAUGCACAUUUUGUAAAGGCUCUUGAUGAGAUCGGAGUAGCUUUUAUUGGUCCUGGAGAAUAUGCAAUGGGCGCCAUGGGUGAUAAAAUUGAAAGUAAAAUCAUUGCCAGAAAAUCCGGCGUAAAUGUAAUUCCUGGUUUUGAUGGAAUUUGCAAAAACGAAGAUCACGCGCUUUCGAUAGCUCGUGAAAUCGGAUACCCAGUGAUGCUUAAAGCAUCCGCUGGCGGUGGUGGUAAGGGUAUGCGAAUAGCAUGGAAUGAUGAUCAAGUCAGAGAAGGUUUCAAACUGGCUACUCAAGAAUCUAAAUCAAGUUUUGGGGAUGAUCGAUUAUUAGUCGAGAAAUACGUAGAUAAUCCACGUCAUAUUGAAAUACAAAUUAUUGCGGAUAAACACGGAAAUUGUGUAUAUCUUCCAGAAAGAGAGUGUUCAAUUCAAAGACGAAAUCAAAAGGUUAUCGAAGAAGCACCAAGCACCCACUUGGACGAAAAAACUCGAAGAGCUAUGGGAGAACAAGCCGUUUCUUUAGCAAAACAUGUAAAUUAUUCGUCAGCCGGAACCGUAGAGUUUUUAGUUGAUUCUAAGCGAAAUUUUUAUUUCCUUGAAAUGAAUACUCGUCUCCAAGUCGAACACCCAAUAACUGAAUACAUAACUAGACUGGAUUUAGUGGAGCAAAUGAUACGCGUAGCGGCCAAUCAGAAAUUAUCAUUCAAACAAGAAGACAUCAAUAUGCACGGAUGGGCAAUAGAAUCACGUGUCUAUGCUGAAGAUCCGCAAAAAUAUUUACCGUCGAUUGGACGUCUGAGUAAAUAUAUUGAACCAGUCAGUCUUACUGAUAAGAACGAAGUUCGUUGUGAUUCUGGUAUAGUAGAAGGAAGUGAAAUUAGUAUAUAUUAUGACCCUUUAAUAUGCAAACUUUCAACUUACGGAGAAACCAGAGAUGAAGCAAUUGAUGUUAUGAAAAGAGCAUUAGAUUCUUACGUGAUAAAAGGUGUUACACAUAAUAUACCUUUAUUACGCGAGGUUAUUGGAAGCAAAAGAUUCCAAUCUGGCAAAAUAACCACUAAAUUCCUCGCAGAGGAAUAUCCUGAAGGUUUCAAAGGUCACGUGCUCAGUCAACAAUCACUCUUCCAACUUGCGUCAGUAGCUGCUCUAGUUCAUGCUAAACGGGAUGUAAGAAACUGGUGUUGGGGUGAAGGAAAAGAGGCCUUAUUGAAAGGCACCUUAAGCGGAAAAGCACCAUACAUUUGGGAUCUUUGGGUUAAAAUAAAGACUGGAGAAGGUGAUCUUCAUGAUGUACCUGUGCGAAUUGAACGAAAGCACGAAAGCUUACAAGAUAAAGAUGAAUAUUUGGUACAAACUCUUGAUCAACCUCCAACCACGGUCUUCACAAAUUGGCCGCUUGAAUCUCCAUUAAUUCAUGCUCAUUUUCAAACUCCGAAUAAAAAUGAAGUAUUAACCAUACAAUAUGUAGAUCCUCUAGCGCUUGGUUUCCGAUUACAAUACAUGGGGACGAAAUUCGAUAUUACAAUUCACACUCAAAGACAGCAUGAAUUAUCGCAAUAUAUGAUCGAGAAACCUAAAGCAGACUUGACUAAAGUAAUCAUAGCUCCUAUGCCUGGGAGUAUAGUAAGCUUGGCGGUUAAAGUCGGUGAUGAGGUAAGUCAAGGCACUGACCUUGUAGUAGUGGAAGCAAUGAAAAUGCAAAAUGUAUUAAAAGCUGCUCGAGUCGGCAAAAUAAAAAAGAUUAACGUGAAACCGGGAGAUACCGUGGCUGCUGACGAGGUUAUGAUAGAAUUUGAAUAA